AUGAUACCACAGACUUUAAUAUGCGAUGGUCUGAGUUACUACAACAGCUACAAUUUCUCGACGUAUGACCGCGAUUCCGACACAGCACCGACCAUCAACUGCGCGCAGGUCUGUAAAGGAGGAUGGUGGUACGGGAGCUGCUAUGGUGCCAACCUGAACGGCCUCUACCUCAAGGGAAACCACUCUGACCACAUUGACGGCAUGAGCUGGACGCCGUGGAAGGGAAACUAUUACUCGCUGAAGAAAUCUGUCAUGAAGAUCCGACCCAGCCCCAGGAUCGUUUGAUGACGUCACUGACAUGGUUGUUUGUUUGUUUAACGACACCACUAGAGGACAUUGAUUUACUAAUCAUUGGCUAUCGGAUGUCAAACAUCCGAUAAUUGUGACAUAGUCAGAGAGGAAACCCACUAUGUUUU